AUGCCUAGCUCUUGCAAAGAACUGCGCGAGGCUCUCGCGCAAUGCCUCCAGGAAUCCGAGUGCGUCAUGGUCCAGCGCAACAGCGCCUCCGACUGCCUCCGAUCGCCCCUCGUCGAGGGCCUCCCCACAAAGUGCCAGCAGCUGAAAAAGGGUUUCGGCGAGUGCAAGCGCGGCAUGGUUGACAUGCGCAAGCGCUUCCGCGGCAACAUGCCCGUCAACUACAAGACCAUGAACGACGCCGAGAGCGGCAAGGGCUACCAGCUCUACGCCGGACGACCGGCCUUUGCCGGCGGCAGGGGCGAGACAGACGGCAACGAACCCGCGCCUAGGGACUGGCGCGAGGUCGAGAACGAGCAGUACCGCAAGGAGCAGGAGGCCGCGCAGAAGAAGUGA